AUUCAUCUCUUCUUCUUCUUCUUCCUCAGACAAAAUUGAAGCAGAGAUGACGAAUUCUUCCCAGGCACGGGCUCCGGUGAGCUUCGCGGAGCCACGGAGCUUUCCGGCGGUGCUCCGGGCAAACCUGAAGGAGGUGUUUUUCCCCGACGAUCCCUUCAGCGAAUUCAAGGACGAGCCAUUUUCACGCAGGGUGACAAAGGGAUUUCAGUACUUCAUCCCCAUUCUCAAUUGGCUUCCCAACUACAAUCUUAAUCUCUUCAUGUACGAUGUUCUCGCCGGAAUCACCAUCGCCAGCCUCGCCAUCCCUCAGGGAAUCAGCUACGCUAAGCUCGCCAACAUUCCUCCCAUCAUCGGACUCUAUUCGAGCUUUGUGCCGCCAUUGAUUUACGCAGUGUUUGGAAGUUCAAAGCAUCUUGCGGUGGGUACGGUGGCGGCUUCGUCGUUGCUCAUAGCUGCCACCAUUGAAGAAGUAGUGAAACCACAAGACAACUUGGAACUUUACGUGAGUUUGGUGUUCACAGCCACCCUUGUCUCUGGUUUGGUUCAAACCAUCAUGGGUUUGUUGAGGCUAGGAAUAUUGGUGGAUUUUCUAUCGCAUUCAACAAUCACUGGUUUCAUGAGUGGGACAGCAGUACUCAUAUGUUUGCAGCAGCUGAAAGGCAUCCUUGGCUUGAAGCAUUUCACACACCAUACUGAUUUGGUUUCUGUUAUACACGCCAUUUCCACCUAUAAAAAUGAGUGUAAUUGGAGGAGCAUUGUGAUUGGUGUUAUCUUCCUUGCUUUCCUACAAUCCACUAGAUAUGUAAAAAAGAAGCUUCCAAGAUUGUUUUGGGUUUCAGCCAUAGCUCCUAUGGUGACUGUCAUUGUUGGCUGCCUCUUUGCUUACUUUGCUCAUGCAGAAAAACUUGGCAUCCAAACUGUGGGAGAACUAAAGAAAGGAAUAAACCCUCUGUCCAUCCAAAGAUUGAACUUUGAUUCCAAGUACAUUUAUGCACCAAUUAAAGCUGGAAGCAUCACAGCCUUGAUUGCUCUAGCUGAAGGAAUAGCAAUUGGGAGGAGUUUUGCAGUGAUGAAAAAUGAACAUAUUGAUGGCAAUAAGGAGAUGAUUGCCUUUGGACUCAUGAACAUCAUUGGCUCCUUCACAUCUUGCUACUUAACAACAGGUCCAUUCUCAAAAACUGCGGUGAACUUCAACGCGGGUUGCAGGACCCCCAUGUCCAACGUUGUAAUGUCGAUCUGCAUGUGUCUAACUCUCCUGUUCUUAGCCCCAAUCUUUAGCUACACUCCCCUAGUGGCUCUAUCGGCCAUUAUCGCAUCAGCCAUGCUCGGCCUAAUCAAGUACAAAAAGUUCUACCAUCUCUACAAGACAGACAAGUUUGAUUUCAUGAUUUGCUUGGUGGGGGCUCUUGGUGUCAUCUUCGUUACCAUGACCUAUGGGCUUGUGUUAUCCAUAGCUCUGGCUUUAGUGAGGGCGCUUUUGCAUGUAGCUAGGCCUCCUUCAUGCAAGCUUGGGAGCAUGGUAGAGAGUGGAAUAUAUUGUGACGUUGAACAGUAUCCAGGUGGAACUGGGUUUCCAGGGAUUUUGAUCUUGCAGCUUGGUUCUCCAAUAUACUUUGCAAAUGCCAAUUACAUUAGGGAAAGAGUUCUAAGGUGGAUCAGAGAUGAACAAAAAAUUUCGAAUUCUAAAGGGUCAAACGUUGAAUACUUACUGCUGGACUUUGGAGCCAUUAACUCAAUUGAUGUAACGGGCAUUGAAACACUAGUUGAAAUUAGAAAGAGCUUACUAGCAAAAGGGAUUAAGAUGGUUUUGAUAAAUCCGAGGUUGGGGGUGAUGGAGAAGCUGAUAUUAUCAAAGUUCAUAGAACUUAUUGGAAAGGAAUCAGUUUUCCUGUCAAUUGAUGAUGCAAUUGAGGCUUGCAACUUUUCUCUCAAAUCCAUGCCCGUUUAAUUUAAUUUUAAUCCCAAUCUCGAUCUUGUAAUCCACACCCUCACUUCAUCUAUAUAUUGUUUCUAAACUUCACUCCUGUAAUCAACUGAGCUGCCCAUACGUGCCAUAUAUAUAAACUUGUGGAUGAGCAACAUAUAGAUACAAAUGGCUUGGCAUGUUGUCUACUUUCGUGUUUAGUUCCCCUCUGAUAUGAAGUGUUAAUGUUGUGAUA